AUGGUUGAUGGUGCAGGAUCAGUUGAAGGCGCCUAUGAAGAUAGCCAGGGUCGAAUUUAUAGUUUAAAUAUGAUUAAUAACCGAAUUCAACGUUGGGCACAUGACUUUAAAGGACAAGUGUAUGAUUACGCUUUGUUACAAGGCGGAAAAGAAGGUGUUGUUUUACUCGGUCAAUUGAGUACGGAAAUACAAGUUUAUACACAAAUGUCAGUAAAUGCAGAAUUAAUAAAACGAAAUGGUUGGAAUGGAAGCUAUCAAAAUAUUGUGACUACUUCAAGUAGCAAUAGUUCAACAAUCGUUUUUAUUCAUUCAUCCUACGAUGCACCUCAAGAAGUUUAUUUCAUUGAUAAUAUUGAUCAAUUGAAUAUAGCUCAAGCAGUUACCAGUGAAAAUAAGCUAUUUACUGAACGAAAUCUACCCAAAGGCAAAUCACAUCGAUGGUCAAAUCCUGAUGAUCAAAUGGAGAUUGAAGGCGUUCUUUUGUAUCCACCAGAACAAUUUGAACAAAAAAAUUUACCACUAUUCGUGCUUAUUCAUGGUGGUCUCUAUGAAGCAGACUUGAACAUUUUUCGUGCCAGUUGGUAUCGAUGUGCCGUUAUGAUAGCUACUAAAGGAUGGCUUGUUUUACAACCUAAUUAUCGUGGCUCACCUGGAUACGGUGAUGAAUUUCUUAGAAGUAUACGAUUUCAUAUCCUUUCUAAACCAGGCAAAGACAUUUUAUAUGGUGUGGAUGCAUUAGUAAGGGAUGGUAUUGCUGACUCCACAAGACUCGCCAUUGGUGGAUAUAGCUAUGGUGCCUAUCUAACGGGUUGGCUUAUUACUCAAACGACUCGAUUCAAUGCAGCUCUCUUUGGUGCAGGUGCCAUUGAACAUGUCGCUGAUUGGGGAUUGACUGAUAUACCCUUGUCAAGUAUAUAUUACUUCGGUGGUUAUCCAUGGCAGACUUCUAAUUUGUAUCAAGAAGAAGCCGCUAUAUUUCAGUUAGAUAAAGUUCGUACACCUACUCACAUUGUAGUACCAGGUAAUGAUAUUCGAGUCUCAUCGACAGAGAAUUAUAUAUUAGAGCGAGCAUUAAAUGAAAUUAACGUUCCAACAAAACUUAUCGUCCUCCCAGGUGAACCUCAUGGUCUUGGAAAUAAUCCAUGGCACGAAAAAAUCAAAAUACGAGAAGAAUUGAAAUGGUUACGUCAAUAUGGCAAUUUUUACAUGAAGCUAGUAAAACGACAAGAAAAUGACAUGGUUCAGAAUUCUAUUGAUAAUAAAAAACGAAAAUUACAAAAUGAAAUAACAACAAUCGAUAAAUAUCAGUUGAGAUUUCGUUUUGAAAAUUUAACGGAUGGGAUUCUUUAUGAAAUAUUUGAAUAUCUUGAUAUGUAUCAUAUUUAUAAAGGAUUUUUCAAUCUUAAUAAACGAUUUAAUGAUUUACUUAAUGAUUCAAAUUUUCUAAUUAAAAUCAAUAUUUUACCAAUGUCAAAAUCAAAUUUUGAAUCCUAUAAGAAAAAUAUUGUUACACCAAAUAGACAGCGCAUUAAUAUAUUUCGUUUAUCGAAUCAAUUUAUUGCUGAAAAUAUUUUUUCAUCACCAAAUAUUAUUUUACGAUAUAUUAAUCUUGAAAUAUUGAUUCUUGAAAAUAUCGAUGCCAAAUAUCUUGAUAAAAUUAUUAAUUAUUUAAUAGAUUUACCUAAAUUUUAUUCAUUAAGUCUUUCUAUUGUUGAUUAUAUUCAAACAUUAGAUCUUUUUGUUCAAAUAUUUCGUUUAUCGAGAUUAAAAUAUUGUAAGAUUAUUUAUCAAAGAAAAAUUAUUCAACAAUCAUCAUCUAUCAAACGUAAUAAAUAUAGUCGAAGUCCUAUUCAAUGUUUAAUAAUAAAUGGUGAUUUUCCAUUGAGUUUAUUGCAUAAUUUAUUAUCUUGUCUUCCUCAACUUCAGCAUUUAUUAAUUAAUUCUAUUGUUAAUUCGAAUUAUAUAGAAAAAGAAGAAUUCUUUCAUAUUCAAUUAAAAUAUUUAAAAAAACUUUCUCUUAGAUUGUACUAUAUUCAAUUUGAUAAAUUUGAAAAAAUAAUAAAAAAAUUCUUUCGUUCAAUAGAAAUUUUACGUCUGACAACAUUUUUUGAUGAAGCAUAUCUAAAUGCUAAACGAUGGGAAGAAUUAAUAUUAUCUUCUAUGCCAAAUUUACGAAUAUUUGAUAUAUAUCAUGAAGGUUCUAUACGAAAUAAUGAUUUAACAUAUCAUGAUAUAAUAAAUCAAUUUAAUUCAUCAUUUUGGAAAGAUUUUACAUUUUAUUGGAAAUCAGCUAAACAAAUUUGUUCAAAUAUUUCAGAAAUGAAUUUUAAUUCUGUUAAACAUCUUUAUGUCUAUGGUGAAUAUGCAACACAAAAUGAUAUAAAUUAUUUUCCAAAUGUAACUCAAUUGACUAUUCAACAUUAUUUGAAACAUUAG